CCUUACAUACACGGUCGAGCACCUAUAUUACGGGUUUUCGUACCUUUAUCGGAAAAGGUAAGAAGGUGGCCUUCUGCAGAAGGAGCCGCCGCCGCUGUCCGCGAACUGGACAAAUGUGGGGCGACGAAACGAUUAAAAAUGGGUGAUCUUGUUGUGAACACGGCCAUACAUAAUCCCAGAAGUACCGAACACGUCUUAGUGUUCGUACCUACGAUCAAAUAUCUAUUGGUACCUCUUGAAUACACCUUCACUCCCACUGGUCAUCUCCCAGCUUAUUUAGACGCAUUCACCAUCCCUCCAUCUUAUUAUUAUCCUUUCCUCCCUUCUCCUCAGUACAUAUUCCUCGAUCUCACACCAUAUGGCGAACAAGCGAUGAAAUCAUUACGUCUAGCUUACGAUCGACGCGAUAUGACAGUAUCCUCCGGUGUCCGUCUAAGCGCCAAGCGGUAUUUACACGUAGCUGGUUUUGAGGUAUUCUCUCGACCGGGUUUGGCACCAGAAUGGGUCGGAAUGAUCUCACUAGAAGCGGAGGGGACGGCGGAAGGAAGGAUAGAUCUAGAAAAUAGAUUACACAGAUCUAAUGUGGGUGAAAGUAGGACUUUAUGGCCUUGGGAAGUGGUAAGGGAGAAAUCAUUACAAGGUCAGGUAUGGUUGAGGUUAGUCAAAAGGUGAUCACAAAUAUCAUCACUCGUACAUCUUGUAUGCAUCUAUGCUCCUAUUCUU